GGAUCGGAAAAGAAAAUGUGGUCACGCAAUUCAGAUUGGUGGAUGCUUUCACUGGCAACAAUCUUACUAAUAUUGGCAACAUCAUCAUCUCAAACUUCACAAGCAGCUAAGACUUUAAGGAAUAAGAAUGGGGUAAAAACAGCUACCUUCCUAUCACCAAAGGUUGAAGUAGAACCUGGAAUGGUAUCAAUCGAAUACUAUUACAAAAUCGACUUCCCUAAAGGCCAUAUUGCUAUCAAAGGAUUUGAUGCAGAAGUGGUUGAUGAAGCCGGGAACUCAGUCCCUCUUCACGAGGCAUAUCUCCACCAUUGGACCGUUGUAAGGUCCUAUCUGCGUCAAGGUGUUGAAAAGCCAAGUUUGGGGCUUAACCAAUCAGAUUAUAUUGUUGUGGGGAACUCUGGAAUUUGUUCCACUCUUACACAACAUUUUGGGCUCGGAGCAGAGACGAGAAAAACUGACAGUCACAUCCCAAAUCCAUAUGGAAUAGAAGUUGGGAACCCAACCGAUAUCCCUGAAGGUUAUGACGAGGGAUGGACACUUAACGUGCAUAUAAUCGAUACCCGGGGUGCGGAAGAUAGGAUGGGAUGCAUUGAGUGCAGGUGUGACCUCUAUAAUCUCACAAUGUUUGAGCAAAAGUUAUUUAAAGAACGAGGUUAUAUUGGAGGCUUGUUUUGUUGCGGUGACAAGAUGAAAUGCAAGUUAAAAGAAGGAUUUAAUAAUGGUACCAAAAGAAGUCUCUACUUAAAGUACACUGUGAAAUAUGUUGACUGGGAUUCCUCCAUUGUGCCUCUCAAAAUUUAUUUACUUGAUGCUGUUGAUUCUUGGAAAAAAUCUGAUGAUUCCAAAGGGUUCAACAAAUUGCACCCGUGCCAGGUUGAAUAUUCCAUGGAGUCAUGUUCUGCUGCUGUGGCUAAAGAUAAAUGUGUUCAUACCCAAAGUGCAAGUGUAAUUUUGCCAAAUGGAGGGGAUGUCAUCUAUGCUGUUGCCCACCAGCACGCAGGAGGGAUUGGUUCAACUCUUUAUGGACAGGAUGGACGGACAAUAUGCUCAUCCCUUCCGAUUUAUGGAAAAGGAAAGGAGCCUGGAAAUGAAGCGGGAUAUAUUGUAGGAAUGUCAACUUGUUAUCCUCGACCCGGUUCUGUCAAGAUUGCUGAGGGGGAAAUGAUAACCAUUGAGUCUAAUUAUAGCAAUAGCCAGAGCCACACUGGAGUCAUGGGUUUUUUUUACCUUGCUGUUGCUGAACCGUACCGUUAAAGAAACUCAAUUCCAUCAUGCAUGCUCAAAACUAGGUGAUGCCAUGACGCACCGUGUGGAAUUGCUAUAGUUGUUUGAGGUGGCCGUUUCAUGCUCUGGUUUACAUGUUUGAUGGGUAAUAUUACUACUUUUUCAUUGUCCUUUGUAUCUCCUUUUAAGUUUUAAGUCAUAUUUAUGUUAUAUGUUUGUACAUUUAUAUGUUUUCUAAUUUUUGAAAUGUUUGGUUUGAAAUGUUUUAAGUCAGAUUUAUGUUGGAUUUGUA